AUGCUUUCGAUCUUGAGGAAGGCUCGCCUGAAAGACAAGGAGAUGAGAAUCCUUAUGCUUGGCUUGGACAACGCAGGCAAGACUACCAUCGUCAGGAAGAUUAUGAACGAGGAUGUCAAUGAAGUCAGCCCGACGCUCGGCUUCAUCAUCAAGACGAUUGACUACGAGGGUGAAAGAUACAAACUGAAUAUCUGGGAUGUCGGAGGCCAGAAGACCCUCCGCACGUACUGGAAAAAUUACUUCGAGAAGACAGAUACCCUCAUUUGGGUAGUCGAUGCCACAGACAGAGAGCGUCUGGCUGACUGCCGUCAUGAGCUCAAAGGUCUCCUCUUGCAGGAGCGCCUGAUGGGAGCCUCUCUGCUCGUUUUCCAGAACAAGAGCGAUGUUCCAGGCUGCAUGGCAGAGGAUGACAUCCGCGGGGGACUGCAGCUCGACAGUAUCCGAACACACAAAUGGCACAUCUUGCCGUGUUCUGCCAUGACGGGCGAGAAUCUGCAGGAAGGACUGCGAUGGGUCGUCCAAGAUGCUAAAGACAGGCUGUUCUUGUACUGA